UGAUAUACUAUAUAUAAGGGGAGCAGAGCCAGUGGUGCAGCACUUCAACACAUCCCACAGCAUCUACAUCCAACAUCACUGCUUCAACACAAUCAGCAUCAUGAUGCUCUGCCUGAAGCUCACUCUACUCACCCUGCUUAUUGCAGCACCUGGUUUGCAUGUUUCUGGAGAAACUGUGAUUACCUGUGAUGGUGAUGUCCAGCGCCUCACUUGUGACUCUGGAGUGAUAAAGGUGACGUCUACUGUGUACGGCCGUUCGGAUAGCCAAAUCUGCAGUGCUCCACAUCCCAAUCUUAAGGUUACUGAUACCAGCUGCUCCAGUACUGUUUCCACUAUUGCUGACAGAUGCAAUGGACUAAGAGAGUGUGAGGUAAAGACAGAUUUGCUUGGCAGCUCUGACCCAUGCAAAGGAACCUACAAAUACUACACUACCACUUACGACUGCAUCGAUGCCCAUGUAGCUGUGGUCUGUGAGCACGGCUACCGCACACUGGACUGUGGAGUGGAUACUAUUCAUAUCUUGAAUGCGAACUUUGGGCGUGCUGAUUCUGUAACCUGUUCAAGUGGAAUUCCCAACGGUUUGACCCAGAACACCAACUGCUACUCUCCAAAUGCACUCUCAACUGUCACCUCACUGUGUAAUGGACAGAACAGUUGCACAGUAGAAGCUUCCUCCACCAUCUUUACAGAUCCUUGUAAACCAACUGCUAAAUACCUCACAGUGUCCUAUACCUGCAUCGCUAAUCAGGCUGGUGGCUGUAGCUCAUCACUCUGCUUCAUCAACACCAGCAUCAUAAUGCUCCUACUGAGGCUCACGCUACUCACCUUACUUAUUGCAGCCAACAGUUGGCUUGUUUCCGGAGAGAAUAUGAUUACCUGCUAUGGUAAUAUCCAGCACCUCGCUUGUGACACUGGACUGAUAAAGGUGAAGUCUACUAUAUAUGGACGUACAAACCGUGACACCUGUAGUAAUCGGCCCCCUUCUGAGGUCGCUAACACCAACUGUGCCUUGAGUAUUUCUACUAUUGCUGACAGGUGCAAUGGACUAAGAGAGUGUGAGGUAAAGACUGAUUUACUUGGCAACCCUGACCCAUGUUUUGGAACCUACAAGUACUACAACACCACUUAUGACUGCAUCAGUGGCCAGAACAUUGUGAUCUGUGAGCAAGGCUACAGCACACUGGACUGUGGAGAUGGUUCUAUUCAGAUCAUAAAUGCAAACUAUGGCCGUGCUGAUUCACUAACCUGCGUAAAUGGACUUUUGAGCAGUUUGUUCCAGAACACCAACUGUUACGCUCCAAACACACUCUCCAAAGUGACCUCAAUGUGUAAUGGAAAGAACAAAUGCACUGUACAAUCUUCAUACACCAUCUUUACCGAUCCUUGCAUUGGGACUGCUAAAUACCUCACUGUGUCCUACAAGUGCAAUAGGACACUUGUGACCUGUGAAGGCAAUACUGCUGUACUGACAUGUGGUGCUCGCCGUAUAAAUGUUAUCAGCGCUAACUACGGCCGAACCGAUACCACCACAUGUUCUUCGGGACGACCUGCCAGUCAACUCACUGUCACAAACUGCUACACACCUGAUGCACUAAAUAAAGUUGCAGCUAGAUGUGAGGGACAGAGCAGCUGUAAUGUGCCUGCUACAAAUGAGGUCUUCUUUGACCCAUGUUUUCUCACUUAUAAGUACCUGACAGUUGUGUACUCCUGUUUCUAACUAAUAACACGAGGGAACCCAGCUUUAUCUCCAUAGGCCUCUCUUCAGUCUGAAGCAGUCUGAGACUUGAUUCUUAAUAUGUAACCAUCAGUUCAUACAAUGUGGGAUUUUUGGUUUUGGUGUACUUAAUAUUUGCAUGUUAUAUAAUCAACUGAAGCUAAACAUAUGUGUUACUUACUAUUGAUUACAAAAAAGUGUCACAAUAAAGUCAAUGCAAGCAUAAGA